CAAUCUAGGAAUUAUUUUACUCUUUACUUAUAGCAGAGUAGUUUAUAGCAGUGCUAUAAAAAAGCACGCAUGGUGCAUGGAGUAGCAUGGAGUGCAUGGAGCGCAGAGCUUCAAGUGGCGCCAGAAGCUCCCCCAUUAGCUCCAUGCUACUCCAUGUGAUCCAUGCACUCCAUUCCAUGCGAGCUGUGAAGCCUUAUUCUAAAUUGCUCGGUUAUAGACUAAAGCAGAUGUUGUCGCGGCAUGAUCAACAUUUCCGUCAUUCGCGACGGCGAAGCGGUCGCGUACUAGCCGCCGCUGCGAUCGCCGUGAUCCACCAGAACGACGAUCUUUUGGCGGUCGUCGGUCGAACGUCGCUCAGAAGUGGCCAAAAUAGACAAGAAAGGACUAGUUUUAGGCAAGGCAUGCAACUGCUCCAAAAGGAGACUGUUCUUGAUGAUAUCGAGACGGAGACCACUGAAUUAUGGUCAACAUUUAGUGUCCAUCUUUCUCGGCAUCUUGGUCCUCUUUUGUUCCCCUGUAUUCUUCUCGUGAAAUAUUACUGUAUUCUUCUCAUGAAUAUUACAAGGGCGGGAAGGGGGUCGAAAUGAGGGCGGGACCAAAAUGCAAUCUAGCAGACUCCAACUGAAAGAGCACAAGCAAGAACAGCAAGUGACCAAGAUACAGAAAGGAAAGACGACCACGUCAAUAUCGUCAGAUCAUCUGCAUCGCAUUCAGGGCAGGCAAGGCCUGAAACCCUAGUUGUGCGGAACGACGGCACCACGUCUUACAGAGAGCACCAAGGCAGUGACGCGGACGACGACGACGACGAUAUUAUGUUGAAUCUUCAAUGUACUGUUGUCUAGUAGUACUUCUUAGUUUUUUUAGUUCCUGACUGACUCACACCAGAACAAACUCCUCGUGUGGUGCCUGUCACAUCAGCAUCUUCUACGUCUUCUACCUCGGGAACUGCACAUUACUUUUUUUUUGAUUCACUAUGAUGACCUGCUGAAGACAUCCUUUCACUCUGCGCUAAUUUGCGUGCAUCAAGCUCUGACGAUUCUGCUUCGGAUUCGGACACACCUUCGGAGGACGGCCUUGCAGCUUCUCAAGAUGAUGCUGCUUCAACCAGUGAUGAUACCACAACCAAAGAAAACACCGAAUCAGCGGGACUCUUAGUUAAGUCACAGUGUUGCAAUAUUCCAUCUGCCAGCCUUAGCCUCUUUGUCAACCUCCCUUUGAUUGACCAGUGACAGCUGGAGUUUUAUGGAAGUCAUGGAAGUCAAAGAGGCGCCACAUGCGUACAAGAACGUGAGGAGGGAAUGGCUACUACUUUCCAACUUCUAACUUGUACAAGGACGCGAUGAUGUCCUUCGGCGUUGGGUAUGCUCUGACGCUUGUGUUCUUCUUUGUGAUGAAAAAGUUGUCACCUCCUGACGAAGUGAACGAGCUCACAGCCGAAGAUAUUGAAGGUGAAGCCGCACCAAAGUUAAGGCUACCUCCCCUGAAGCAUCCUGCUCGGCAUCAUACAUCCUGGGCCCCUUUUCUACUUGAAAAACGGGCCAAGGAUGCACUGAGGGAGACCACUAGCGCGAUAGCUUUAACAGAGGUCGCAGGAGCCGCUAAAGCAGGAGGUGGACCAAAAGCUGCAGCAGCUGCAAAAACAGUGGCUACAGCCAAGGCUGCUGGUGCGCCUGGAGGUACCGGUCCAGCGAAUGUUGGAGCUGCGGAAGGGAGGAAGCCUGUCGUGCCAGUUGGUGCGAACAAAGCGGGGACGGCUUCAGCAGAACCGGCUGCACCCAUCGUUAUGAAAGACUGCUAAAAGAACUAGCACAAGAAGUACAGAAGUAGAAGUUGUAAACCUUAGUACUGUGCACCUGCACCGUUGGUUGUAAACGUAGAUAUUCACCAGCACCACCUUAUCGCACUUCACUCGUCUUCUACGCCUUCUAGUCCACAUCCACUUGCUGCACUAGUACAAGAAGAUGAUACCCAAAAAUUGCUGGCACACUACAAUAGCAUCUGUGACGGCACAGAUUCAUCUGUCGUGUCCUCUACUAAUAAUACCGGAAAAGCCGAAGGGAAGGCGUCGUCGAGCCUCGGCUCUUUACGAGAACGAAAAGUCAAUGGGGCUGCCGAUGCUGAAAAUGACGCAAGAGCAGCAAGACAAGCUGCGGAUGCACUUAUGAAGAAUCUUGCACGUUCUUCUUCUUGUCAUCAUGUAAUGUAGUCACUAUUACGUGACGACCACAUGUUAUUGAAGUAAUUGUAAUAGAUAGAGGCAUCACUCUCGACUUUCGUUAUUCUUAUAUUUCUAUUUGUGAAUUAUAGUCUUAGUCAAUAGACCUGUAGUUCAGUCAAUACACGACCUGUUCAUGAUCUUCCAUGCGCCCCCUUCUAAUCCAUCCGAAGCUGACGAUCAUGAUGAGGACAACGCAGGCGGAGGCGAAGCUGCAAGCGGAGUACGAGAGAGUGCAGCAGGUGGCUCGCAGCAACCACAGGGAAGCAUGGUUGGUACGGGAGAAGACACACAUGACUGAUUCAGAGUGUGAGGUGCGCUUAAAGAGAAUGUGGACUGUUACCCUAAGACUAAGGGAGUACACUGAAACUCAACAGGGUGGACGUCGACGGUGGAUUUUUACAUUCUAGAGUAAAAACUUCCAUGGCUAUGGCACGUUGUGGUGGGCUGUUGCUGAUUAGGAGAUAUCUUCAUCUACUAGCAACUGCUCAACACCUUCUACUGCUUUUUCUUCUACCUGCUGCUGUUGCUCUACGUACAGUAAGACCAUCUCAGAAUCAAAGACAACACUGGACAACUUUUAAGCCGCAACUUUAUAAUCUGGC